UGUCCUUUGAAUUUCAAAUCUUGCAUUCUCACACGAAAUUACCAAACACUAGGUACAAAAUGCGUCAUACAGAUAAUUUUAAAGGAGCAAUAUCCUCGUAGGACCACACUAGUCCAGUCUAUUUAUCCAACAAAAACACCCAAAUAAUUCAAUCUUCUUCACUCAGCCACCGUAGCAUCCCAACAAUGUCCCCUUCACAAAUCUUCUUCAUACUUCUCUUCCUCCUCUUCCAUUUCCACCACUCAUCAUCCUUCUCUCUCUCCGUAGAAAACCUCGAACAAGACAUCAUAGUAUCACCCAAACGCAUUUUCACUGCAGGCUUCUACCCCGUUGGUGAAAACGCUUAUUCCUUCGCAAUAUGGUUCACGCAAAAACACAAACACCUUAACAACGCCACCAUUGUUUGGAUGGCAAACCGUGACCAACCAGUCAACGGAAAAAAGUCAACACUUUCCCUUCUCAAAACCGGUAACCUUAUAUUAACCGACGCAGCUCAAUCCAUCGUUUGGUCCACAAACACCGCCUCAUCAAAACCACUCCAAUUAUCCCUCCGCGACACCGGAAACCUAAUUCUCCAAGAACGCAAUAAUUCCAAUUCCAUCAUUUUAUGGCAAAGUUUCGAUUUCCCAACAGACACACUUCUUCCACAACAAACCCUCACAAGAUUCACGAAACUCAUUUCCUCAAGAAGCCAAACAAAUUACUCCUCCGGCUUCUACAAACUCUUCUUCGACAAUGACAACAUUCUCCGUCUUCUUUACGAAGGUCCUAAAGUUUCAAGUGUUUAUUGGCCGGAUCCUUGGACUACAAGCAAUGGUGCUGCUGGUAGUGGAAGCAGAUCCACUUACAACAGUAGCAGAAUCGCUUCGUUGGAUUCAUUUGGUAGCUUUACGUCUUCUGAUAGUUUUGUUUUCACUACUUCUGAUUAUGGAACAUUGUUACAACGUAGACUUACACUUGAUCAUGAUGGGAAUGUUCGUGUUUAUAGUAGAAAAGGUGAGGAACAAAGUUGGUUUGUUUCAGGGCAAUUUCGUCAACAACCUUGUUUCAUUCAUGGGGUUUGUGGACCUAAUAGUACUUGUAGUAAUGAUCCAUUAACUGGUAGAAAGUGUUCUUGUUUACCUGGUUAUGUUUGGAUUAAUGAUCAAGAUGGUUCUCAAGGUUGUAAACCGAAUUUUGAACUUUCUUGUAGUAACAAGAGUCGUGAUGCUUCGCAGUUUUUGGCUUUAGAUCAUGUUGAUUUUUAUGGAUAUGAUUAUGGAUUCUAUGUGAACAAAACUUACAAAGAAUGUGAGGAACUUUGUGUAGAUUUGUGUGAUUGUGUUGGAUUUCAGUAUACUUUUACAGUUGAUUAUGGUGGUGUUUAUUGGUGUUACCCGAAAAUUCAGUUACUUAAUGGACAUCGUUCGCAGAGUUUUCUUGGAUCGUUUUACUUGCGGUUGCCAAAAAGAAGUGAUUUCGUUGAUGAGAUUAGGAUUCAAGAAAACGGAGUUGGCAUGGUUUGUUCUACAAAUCGAGUUGAAAAGCUUGAAAGAGAGUAUUUGAAAAAGAAAGAAAAUGGUUCUUUGAAGUUCAUGCUUUGGUUUGCUGGUGGUUUAGGAGGAGUUGAACUUUUGGGAUUUUUUCUUGUUUGGUGUUUCUUGUUUAGGAGUAGCAAAAACUCUAAUGAAGACAACAAUGGUUAUGUUCUUGCAGCAGCAACAGGGUUUAGGAGAUUUAAUUACUCAGAAUUGAAACAAGCUACAAAAGGUUUUAGCCAAGAGAUUGGAUGUGGUGCUGGUGGAAAAGUUUAUAAAGGUGUUUUAUCUGAUAAUAGAAUUGCUGCAAUAAAGCGUUUGCAUGAAGCGCAUCAUGGAGAGAGUGAGAGUGAGUUUCUUGCUGAAGUUAACAUCAUUGGAAGGCUUAAUCACAUGAACUUAAUUGGUAUGUGGGGUUAUUGUGCAGAAGGGAAACAUAGAUUAUUGGUUUAUGAGUACAUGGAAAAAGGUACUUUAGCUGAUAAUCUCUCAUCAAAUGAACUUGAUUGGGGUAAAAGGUAUAACAUUGCUUUAGGAACUGCAAAGGGUCUUGCUUAUUUACAUGAAGAGUGUUUGGAAUGGGUUUUGCAUUGUGAUAUAAAGCCUCAAAACAUACUUGUUGACUCUGAUUACCAACCUAAAGUAGCAGAUUUUGGUUUGUCUAAGCUGUUGAAUAGAGAUGAUCUCAACAAUUCAAACUUUUCAAGGAUAAGAGGGACAAGAGGUUACAUGGCACCUGAAUGGGUUUUCAACUCACAAAUCACUUCUAAGGUUGAUGUUUAUAGCUAUGGUGUUGUUGUGUUGGAGAUGAUUACCGGAAAGAGUCCAACAACAGGUAUUCAAAUCAAAGAUGGAGAAGAGUUGUGUCAUGAGAGAUUGGUAACAUGGGUUAGGGAGAAAAGGAGAAAGGGUAUUGAAGUUGGUUGUUGGGUGGAACAAAUUGUUGACCCUGCAUUGGGAUCAAAUUAUGAUGUAAAGAAAAUGGAGACUUUGGCAAAUGUUGCUUUGGAUUGUGUAGUUGAAGAGAAAGAUAUUAGACCUACAAUGAGUCAAGUAGUUGAGAGGCUCCUAAGUCACGAUGAGCAUAACUCUUGAUGGUUUUUGCACACUGAAUAGCUAGCCAUAUCUCAUGGCUAUUGUUCCACUGUUCUACUGCUUGUGUUUCCAUUAUUUUCUACAUGUAAUUUCAUUUGAGAACUUAUGAUUAGGAUAAAAAAAAUUCGAAGAGUUUUGUUUGUCAAUAGACAAAUGUAUGUAUGUAUAUUAGUUAAUGAAUGAGUUAUGCCAGUUUUCAGA